AUGGACGAACUCGACAUCGGCUCCGUCGAGGAACAAGGAGAAGAAACCCCCAGACCCCAGGCCUCCCACGCCACAGAGCCAGCCCAAAUUCUGCAUUGGAGCGACCUCCAGCACGAUGCAGAGUGGGAAGAGACUGAGAGCAGCGACGACGAAGACGAGGCGAUCACGCCGGACUUUGACGGGGAGAACGAUGAGGAGCAUGCACUGGGUCGAGUGCAGUCUCACGUGGUCGAGAGAGCCAAGGCACCGGUGCAUACUGUCCCGGUAGUGCCGGUGAUGGUGACGCCGGAGUUGAAGCAUUCCGAUGCUACGGAACCACGAAAGGACGAUGUGAUGUCAGUCCAUGGCACGCAGCAAGAUGUCGCGAUAGUGAAUUCUGAAGUCGACCAUCAGGCGCGCAAGAAUUACCUCACAAACGGCAUUCUGGAGAAGGAACUUGUGGUCGUUGCGGACGUGCAGUGA